AUGAUACAUACCGUCCCAGAUUUUAUAAUCGACGCUCGUACAUGCGCCUCAAUAAGCGGCGUGUCGAAGGGUUCGAAGGUUCCGAGUCUUCUGGUCACGCCUGCGACUUGCUGUCAAUCACACACUCAAACCACCUCGCAACGGCCACUCAAUGCCAUAGCUCCGCAUAUUGUAUACCUCAUCCUCAUCAUGUCGCAACAUGGACUCAAGGCCGGCGGGAAAACCCCCAAGAAUGCCGUCCAUGGCUCCAGAAAGAAGUCCAACCUGAUAGAAAUGAGAAAGAAGACGACCGAGGGCUUUGCCGAAAUCCUAAAGCUGGAUGUGCAACAUGACUUGACAAAUCAAAUGCAACCUUACCUUAAGUUUCUUAAUCAGAAGGGGGACUCCGACCAGAACAUACUUCACUACAUCAUCGGGGACGUGCCGAAAUUUCAGGCGGACGAUGAGAUGUCAGAAGAGUCGUUUGAAGAUUGCGGUCAAUCUGGGCAGCUGAACGAGUCAUUAGAAGAUGCCCUCGAAGGGUUUGAGGAAUCUGAUUACGACCAAUCUAUGCCCCACAGAAGGCUUUUCGAAUGGGUAGUGAUGAAGUGCGUCGAGCGACUGACCGAGCCAAAUGAUAGUUCCCUUACUCCGAUGCAAUAUGCGAUUAGUUCGGGACGUCUGCAAGUGGUGGACUGGUUCCAGAAACUGUUACUUCCUGAUAAGACGCUGAAGGGUUUAGAGCCGGUCUCCUGUGCAUCGCUACAAUCGAAAGAUUGCAGCUUCAGACUGGAUCCAGUAUUCACGGAGCAGAUUCAGCUUGCCAAUCACCCAUCUGAUCAUAGCAGUGCUCCCAGUGGGAAGAAUGAAGUUUGCGCUCAUAAAAUGCUGGCUACGGCCCCAGGAGAAUUAGACAAGAUCAAGAGUCGAAACGAGACAAUCGCCAAGACGCUGGUAGAUCUGAUGGAAAAAUCAAAAUUGCUGCAUCUGCUGCUUAAAGACUCCCAGGUAGAUUCUAACCUCGCCACGUUCGAGAGUCUUGUAGAUUGGUGCUGUCAGGAGAAAGAGGAGCCUCAGGAGGGCGUCCAUAGCACUCAAGAGCUAAACCCACACAAGCCGACAGAGUUAAAUCAACCGUUACCCGUAAAGACUCAGCCGCAUUUAUAUCUGCUUGAAAAACGAGACGAAAAAGGAGAGACUCUUCUUCAUUCUGCCGUGAGCCGAUUUAACCAAGCUGAAUCGGCGAUGGAUCCUCUCCAGAAUUUGGUACGCAUGAUCGAGUUGCUUCUUGAAAAACACCCACAAGGAAUUUAUUCUUUGAUCAAGAACGUGACUCCGUAUCAGGUUCUCAUCAUGGGCUGCAUGGUUGGAACUCCUUCACCCGAGCGACGCUCGGUCGAAGAAAUGUUCAAAGAAUGCUGUAUUGGUAACAUUGGUCAAAAAGGCAAGACUAGAAAGACCAGACGUCAACGUUUAGACUAUCUGUAUCCCGACAAAAGAAAAGAACGAAACAUUGAAUUUGACCUGAGCGCCGUGCGGGAACCCAUCACCGCAGAGUGGCUCGAUCACUUGGAUUUCUGCAACAUACAAUACGAAACGGUUCUAGAGUAUCUCCGCCUCCCACCAGUCCCUUCAGCACAGAAGCAUUCAUCAAGCGCCUCUGUCACACAAUCCAAUAUUUUCGACAGACAAGGAUACUCAGAUGUGUACGCAAGCGUAUUUGAGUGGCUCAAAGGAAAAGGCAUCUGGAAAAUCUUUCGCGUCAGGGUAGACGAUAUAUGCCCGAGACCACACGGUGACAGCUUCAUCGAGGCAGCUCUCUCUGGAUUCCAGCUUGAUGAGUUUGACUGGAGGAAACUUGAUAUUGGCAGCGAUACUAUUAUUAACGGUGCUCCCGAUGUGAAAAUUUUGAAUUUGUACUGGAGCGGGAGUAGAUCGGUUCUCCAGGGAUGGGCGUGUGAAGACGGGCUAUGCAGACUUGAAAAUCUCGAAAAGAUUAAUCUAAUUAUAUACAUGGGGAACGACCGCGAGGAGGCUCUCAACCAAUAUGUGGAAAGUUUCAUUCAAAGGCUCACUAAUCGAAAACCGGGACUUCAGAUCUUUCCCCGACGGGUCUCGUUGGACACAGAAGGCAACAACAAGGACCAUGGAAAGGGUUUAGGUGGAUCAUCAGGUCGGCCUCAGCACCUAUGGCUAAGCGAAAUGGAUGGGUUCAAUCUGAGUCUUGACAACUACACUUUCAAGGAUGCAAACAACAAAAGGAUUGUGCCAGAGGUCAGAGUUGCCCUGAUCGAUGAUGGGGUUUCAAUAGACCACGGAGUUGAAGAUUUGAAUACAUCAAGGCAAAACGGGUCAAAUAACGGAGGAAGAAGCUACAGGUCCAAAUACAAAGUCGCAGGCGGAACCUCAUUCUACGAAUCUACACUGGAGGAUUCUGAGUUUCGGCAAUAUUUUGUUGGUCCUGGUGGACAUGGCAAUACUAUGGCCGAUUUCAUCAACAGGGUGUGUCCUAACGUUCGACUCUUCGCGAUACGAGUCAACGAUGCAGGUAGAAACACCACUGGCGCGAGAUUUACUGUAAAAUCAUGUGCUGAGGCCAUAACCUGGGCAGUAGAAACCUGCAAGGCCGACAUCAUCUCCAUGAGCUGGUCCUUCCAAUCCGACGCACAAGCCAAGAUCAACCCCGACGACGUCCAGCUUUUCCGCGAGGCAAUCGGCAAAGCCAUUGCCCAAAAGAAGAUCCUCUUCGCCUCGCUCCACGAUCAAGGCUCCACCCUCGACUACAAAACCUUCCUCCCUAUGGGCAUCCAAGGCGUCAUCCGCAUCGGCUCCUCAACCAGCUACGGCAAACCCUCAGACAUGAACAGCGACGGCUCCAUCGAAUUCGCGCUACCUGGCGAGAAAGUCGAAAAUCACGCUAGCGGAAAGGAAGUCACUGGUAGUUCUGUCGCUACUGCCAUUGCUGCGGGUUUGGGCGCACUUAUCAUAUAUUGCGCAGAUGUGGCGAAGGCACUUGGUAUUGAUGUCCGUCGGGAUCCGCGCGACAUGGAAACUAUGAGACUGGCGUUUACGAAGAUGGUGCCGGCGGAACAGCCGAAGUGUCCGACGCCGUAUACGGUGUUUCCGAAGGUUAUGCCGUUGGAUAAGGGGGCUGAGAAGGCGAAGGAGGAGUUGCAGAGGAUUAUGAUUAAUCUUGGGUUUUAG